AUGCAGAGUGUAUGCUUGUACAACAAACACUGGGCUGCCGUCAUAAUCAGGGAUCUCUUCAAAAUAGACGAUUGGCAGGGCCAGGUCGACUCGAUAAAGAAAGCCGAGGCUUCCUUACGAGACGACAUGGAGCAGCACAACUCCGAAGAGCUCAAAUCUCGGCUUCGGAGGAUCGACAACACGCUUGGCCAUGUACGCCUAGGCGUUAAGGCAGUAGAAUCGGCCAUCCAAGACCAGACCCAGAUGCUGCGCCAGAUCCAUCGCGACGAGAACGACCAGAAAUGCCUCCAAGAUCUACGCAUCGUCGACCCCGAAGCCCACAAGGAGGACAUCGAGAAGACAAAAGGCGGCCUGUUCGAGGAUUCGCGAUUGUUAUGGAUCAAAGGCGACCCGGGGAAGGGGAAGACGAUGCUUCUAUGCGGUAUCAUUGACCAUCUCAAGGAGGACAAGUCCCAGGUGUUGUCUUUUUACUUCUGCCAAGCCACACAGACCGAGCUCAGGAGUGCUGUAUCCGUGCUCCGUGGCCUUUUAUGGCUUCUCUGUCACAGGCAGCCGCAGCUGACUUCGUUGGUCCGAUCUAAGUACGACAGCCAAGGCAGGAAGGUCUUUGAAGACGGCCAUGCAUUCGAGUCUCUAAAAAGGAUCUUUCUCGACAUGCUCAAGGACCCUUGCUUGCGAGAGACUGUCUUUGUUGUUGAUGCUCUAGAUGAGUACUCAGACGAUAGCAGGAAAGAUCUCAUUGAUUUUAUUCUCGAGGCGUCCCGUGACUACUCCUCCAAAUGGGUCGUGUCUAGUCGCAACUGGCCGUUAAUUGAGGUACAGUUUCGAGGCUCCGAGGACGUUAGGGUACCGCUUGAGCUGAACAAGGAUUCUAUAUCUCAAGCCGUGAGGAUGUUUAUCGAAGACAAGGUUAAACAGCUGGCACAACAAAAGCGAUACACCCCAGAAUUAAAGGAUGAUGUGCGCAACGAGCUGCUAAGCAAGGCCAACGACACCUUUCUCUGGGUGGCCCUGGUGUGCAAAGAGUUGGCACGUCCCGAGGUCAAACCCCGGAAUACCAUUACCAAGCUGAAGCCUAUACCCGGGGGACUUGACGAACUCUACCAGCGUAUGCUGGAACAAGUUUUCAGAUCGGAAGAUGGAGAUAUACAGGGUGGUGCGGGUCCAGCGACUCGGCAGACAGCCGACGCCCCACUUCGCCUUAUUGUUGAAAUAAGGCCAGCUGUCCCCAAGUUUCCCUCCCGUUUUGAUCCUCGUUCGCUAUCUAUGACCUAG